AUGUCCUUGCAAACAACUAAACAAUCAACUACUAUUAAUGAUUCUGUAAAGAAUCCACAACCCUCUGAUUCUCUACAUGGCUUCCCCGCCAGGACACCAGAUGAGGAUUUGAUCCACGAAUCUACUGGAAACAGUAACAGUGAAUUAGUAUUCAAGAAAAUUAAAGAACUUGAAGAUGAAUUUACGAAAUUGCUAUUGUCACCUCGAAGCAAAGAAAUUAUCGAGAAGAGACAAGCUAUUCAGGAUGAAAUCUCAGAUCUGAGAACAUCCAUAAAAGUUCUCAAUGAAUUGUCAAACUUUGAGGAUUUGGCUGAAUCUAAUAAUUCAGUCACAAUGAAACCAUCCUCUAAAAACAAUAAACAAAUUGGUUUUAAGCUGGUAAAUAAUAAUGGUGAAGAAGUAUCAUACAAUGCGCAUAAUGAUGCUUACCCAUUUGAUUGGAAGUUAAAGGGUAUUAAAAAUUACCCAAGAUGGCUUGAAGAAUUUAAGAAAUUUCUUGAAGCACAUAACUUCGAUGAUAUAACAUAUUUGUCAAAUGAGACAGUUAUAUCAACUGCAGAGGAUCAUGUUCUUAUGAACAUACUAAGAAGUAAUAUUCAAGAUCCAAAAUUGGCAAUGUUUUUAGAAACAGCCAAUUCAGCAAUAAUCUUAUUGAAUAAGAUUGAAAAGAAAUAUCAAGAAACUUUCACAAUGGAGUUUAGAGAAACCUUGUGGAAGGAUAUUGCAUUAAACAAGAAUUCUUCUGAUCUGGACAAACAACUUUCAGAUGCUUCUAUACUAAUCAAAUUGGAUAAACACUUUGGUACUAUAAAUAAGUAUACAAUAUCUGAUUUACGUCAAUAUACUGACAAGAAAAUCCUUGAUCUAAUUCAAUUAGAACAUGGAAAUCCUUAUAAUAUUGAUGCUUUGUCUGUUCUUGGACAUAUCGAAGAAACGAUUAGUGAUAUGAAGAAGGAAGAUAUCUUAAGAGGCAGAAAAAACAAUAAAGAAGGGAAACCUUCUACUACCUCAAAAACCUCUAAUAAUCUUAGGCAAUUCAAAAACAAUUCGAAACCUAAGACAACCACAACAUCAGUAAAACCAAAAAAUAAGUAUCUUGAU